AAUACUGAAUACUGGCAGGUGAGUUGUAUAAAAAUAUUUCAAAUAAUUAAACUCUAUUCCCUUCAUAAUAAGUAAUAUUCAUACUUAUAGAUAAAAUUAUAUUUACAGAAUGUAACCGAGGCCAUAAUUGUCGCGGAUAACAACAUAACUUCAAAUGGAAAUGAGACUGUCAUGAAAUCUAAAGAGACUGUUACAGAAUCAGCCGAAUUAGCCCAAAAGCAUGACCAACUCAAAGCAGUAAUUCUUAAUGCAACUAUAUGCAAUAACACUGAUAACAAGACAACUGGUGAAUCCAUAAAUAAUACAAUCCAAGCAGCACAUAGCACUUCUGAAUCUACAAAUGAGUUAAAUGACACCAAAGAUAAAGAUGCGGUAAUGCAAUACGUAAGUGGUAAAAAUGACGACGUACCCGUGAAAACUAGUGGCCACAUCAGGAACAGUCUUAAAAGAAAGAAGCGUUCUUUGAAUGCUGUAUUAGAUAAUAUAAGAAGUAACAGUGCCCCAGAAAUACUGAACUAUGAAACCAGACAUGGCCCAGGAGAGAGAGAACCGAUAUUACCCGUACAUAAACUGACGCAAAAUAAAAUACAAAGCGCCAAUUUAGCAGAUUUUAAUAUUGAAACGUUACACGAACCUUCAGGCAAUCUAGAAGUAAAUAAGAAAGAAAUCUGGGGAGAUAACAACCAACAAUCGCAAAAACAUCCACCGCCAGGAGAUAGGAGUGAUGAUAGCAGAGAAAAGGGUGACAAUUCAAAAGAAAGGAAGCCUUACAUUGGUGAAAGAGAAGACAAUUCAGGAGAAAGGAAACCUCACAUAAGUGAAAGAGGUGACAAUUCAGGAGAAAAGAAAUCUGAUGUCAAUGAUGCCAGUGACGAGUCUAUUGAAACAAACAAUGAUGAAGGAAGAGAAAGAAUACAUGAUUCACAUACACGUUCACCUGAUAAUAGCAAUGAAAGCUUAGAGAGUAAAGAUUUGAAAUUGCCUUCCAAAGAUGUCGACAGUAAAGAAAAUCAAGAAAGUAAUGAAAGAAGCGAAGACAGCAACCAGAACUCAAAGCAUUUUGCUGCGCAUGCUAAAAACAUUGACAGUGAUGAAGUUAAUGACAAUUCAGACGAACAUGAUUCUACUUCUCGAGAAAAAAACUCAAAAAUUACUAGAAACGACGACGAAUCGAAUGAAGAAAAUGAAAAGCCUAAAAAUGAACUAAAGCAACUGACUUUCGAUGCCUCAGACAAGACUGUUCCAAAAGGCAUUCAAGACGUUGAUUUAGGUGAUUUCAGCUACGAGAGAAUACAGCUCGAUAAAGACGGCAAAGUUGUAUUAGCAAAAGAUAUAUAUGGUAAAGACGAUGAUGACUCAGAAGAAGAAAGGCCGGUAAAUGAUAAAAUAAUAAUUAAAGAUACAGAAAAUCCUCGGAUUGAAUAUAUUGAGAAAGUAAACAAUGGUGAGAUCAAACCCGUUAUAGAACUGAAUACUGAAAGUAACAGUAACGAAUAUAGCGAUGAAAACGUAGAUACUAAUGUACAACAACCACAAAACUCAGAAUUAAACUCAGAAGAUUUGAGCGUUGAGGAUUUAUCUGAUGCAAAGGAAAAUGACAGUGGAGAAAAAAGUGAGAAACAAGUCGCACAAAACGAUGAACAACAAAAUGGCAACGUAAAGCAACAAUUCGAACGCAUACCUUUAAAUUACAAACAUGACAAGAAAACUGAAAAUAAUAAGGAAGAAAAUGAGACACCAACAGACGAUUCUCAAAAUGAUAAUGACGGAACACUACAUACUUUAUUACCCCAAGACGAGCGAUAUGAUGAAAAACUAAAUUUCAAAUUUGACGAUGUGAGUAUAAAAUUACCGGAAAUAAAACUUCCUGAUGACAUUUUGUCAUACAAUUAUGAGAGCUCGCCUUAUAAGAAAAGUAAUGAGAAAAAACCCAAAAACAAAAACAGAUUUUAUCACUACAGUGAUGAACAUAGUGAUGAAUUUCCCAAAGAAAUUUCUAUUCCUCAAUUUGAUGAUGGUGGAGGAUAUUACAAAUAUGAUGAUAAGCCUCAGAAAAAGCAAGACUACAAAAAGGAAUCUGCGCAAAAUAACGAUGAUGAUGACGAAGGUGUAGAUUUGUACGAAAAAUUUGUGCGUGAAAGAUUUGGGAAACGUGGUUCAUUUGAAAAGAGAUCAGAAGCACUUAGAAAUGAAGUGUUCAGGCCAUCAGACCCAAAGCUAAGUGAGACAAUUCAAAAAAUUCUCAAAAAAUCUUCAGCUAAUCUAAAAGAAGCCGAAAACAGUGGAGACCCAAAGGCUGGUUACAUGUGGACCUUAGAGUACGGUCAAAAUUUAUAAGUUCUAAUAAAGUAAACAUAGGUCAACAAAUUACAUUAGGUACUUAUUUAUAAAUUAAGUUAGAAUUGUAGUCAUUAGUUUUAGGGACAAUA